CCGAGGUGCCAUCCGCCACCUUCUUCACCGCGCUGCUCUCGCUGCUGGUGUCCGGGCCCCGCCUGUUCCUGCUGCAGCCGCCCCUGGCGCCCUCGGGCCUCUCGCUGCGGUCCGAGGCCCUGCGCAACUGGCAAGCCACUAUGGAAGGAGAGGUCAGGAUUACAGCCGAGGAGACUGGCACACAGAGUGUUAAGUGAUACCCACUCAAUCCACCCUGAAGCUGUUACAAUUAAUUAACCCUCAAACUGCCCGGUGAGAUAGCCAGUCACAGACUUGCUCCAGGUCUGGGGAAGAGCAAGGGCUGGAUGUCACACUUCUGCUUUGAGCCUUGGGUCCUCCAGUGCUGUCUCCCACUGCCUUUCAUGGCUCCUGGCUGAUUUGCUCUGGUGCUGACAGCCUGCCACUCCCCCUUCCCGAGUUUACAGGCUGGUGACGUACAUCUUUGUCUACGAGAAUCCAAUCUCCCUGCUCUGCGGUGCCAUCAUCAUCUGGCGCUUUGCUGGCAAUUUCGAGAGAACCGUGGGCACCGUCCGCCAUUGCUUCUUCACCGUGAUCUUCGCCAUCUUCUCUGCUAUCAUCUUCCUGUCGUUUGAAGCCGUGUCAUCGCUUUCGAAGCUGGGGGAGGUGGAGGAUGCCAGAGGCUUCACCCCCGUGGCUUUUGCCAUGCUGGGCGUCAACUCUGUCCGCUCUCGGAUGAGGAGGGCCCUGGUCUUUGGCAUGGUUGUGCCCUCGAUGCUGGUGCCGUGGCUCCUGCUCUGUGCCUCCUGGCUCAUUCCCCAGACCUCCUUCCUCAGUAAUGUCUGCGGACUUGGGAUUGGGCUGACAUAUGGCCUCACCUACUGCUACUCCAUCGACCUCUCAGAGCGAGUAGCCCUGAAGCUCGACCAGAAGUUCCCCUUCAGCCUGAUGAGGAGGAUUUCGGUGUUCAAGUACAUCUCGGGCUCUUCAGCCGAAAGAAGGGCAGCCCACAGCCGGAAGCUGAACCCUGUGCCCGGCUCCUACCCCACGCAGAGUGGCCACCCUCACCUGUCCCCGAGCCACCCUGUCGCCCAGAUGCAGCAUGCCAGUGGCCAGAAACUAGCCCCCUGGCCAGCCUGCGCUCCCGGGCACAUGCCCAGCCUGCCUCCAUACCAGCCGGCCUCCGGCCUGUGUUACGUACAGAACCAUUUUGGCACAACCCCUAACUCCUCCGGUGUCUACCCGGCUACCGCGGGUGCCUCCCUGGGGGUCCAGCCUCCCACCCCUCUCAACUGCCCUGGCACUGUGUAUUCUGGGGCCCUGGCCGCUCCAGCGGCUGCGGGCUCCAAGGAGUGCUCAAGGGUCCUGAUCCCCUGAUAGGGAAUCUCUAGGGAAGUUCUCUCCCAUCUUGGCUUUCUGAAGAAGGUCCUCUCCGAGCUGAGCUAAGAUUUUCUUGACAAAAAAUUAUUUAUCAAACACCUCUAUGUGCCAGGCUCUGUGUCGAGUAUUUUGAUAUAUAUCCUAUUUCAACCCUGUUCAUCCUCACCACAACUUUGUGAAGUGCGAUUUAGCGUCACCAGUUUACAGACCUGGAGGGCGAGACGCUCUGCAGUCACAUGAAGUCACGUAGUUUUCGUAGUGGCACAUCCGGGCUUCUGGGCUCCGGGGCCCCUCCCACCUGCCGCCCUGCCUCCCAGAGAAGGCCUGGAAGGUGAGGGUCAGCAGCGACUGCCAGCAGCCAAUCCUAACUCUGCGUUUCCUCCCCGUGUGUGUGGUGCUCUUGGUUCCAGUGCCCGCUUGUCUGUGUCUACUCUUCGGGAGCUCCCAGCUGCCCUGCCGGGCAGUCCCCGGGCCCGUGUAGUAUUUCUCCCCUACAGUGGCCCAGCCCCCGCCCCGGCCUUGUGCCCCAGGGGCGGUGAGGUGGGCCGCGUGAGCCACAGCAGCAUGCUGAUGGAUCCAUAGUGUUGAUUACCUUUGUAUAAAGAAACAGCCUCCAACCUG